AUGCGGCCCAAAUGGACAGAGGCUCUAAUUGAUGGCUUCCAGAGUGUGAUUUCCACCUGGAACGCAGCCAAUUCCGACCCCCCCUCCAGAUCUGGAUCUAAAUCUAGAUCUGGUCCGGCUGGUCAACAACAAAACAACCACAAGCCUCCUUUGGCCGUUUCUCAUGCCUCCAGCUCAACCGGAUCCCGGGCUCAAAUGCCCUCUAAUCGUUCUGCCAGACAAGGCAAACACACCCCGAUAAAAGACUUCCUGAGCCUGCAUGACAAUGCUGAAUGUGAUCCCAUUGCAAUUGACAGUGAUGAAGAAGACAGUCACUCCCACCACACCUCCCGCAAACCCUCCCCACAACUACCUUAUCAAGCACGCCCGAGAACCUGCCGGACAAGAUCGGAAUCAAGAGAAGAGUCGAAGUUGCUUCGGACAUUGUCGCACCGCGAACCCGACGCAACGGCCAUUCAAGAUCCCAUGAAGAACCCUGCUUUCUUGGGUGGGCAUAGGCCAGUCAAUACUUUGAACAGACCACCAACGAGUUCUAGAUCAGCCUUUUUCCAGGACAAAACAACUCCUCGUCGCGGAACACGGCAACACCAACCCUUAAAUGGCUCUAAGCUCAACGAUGAGCCACGUGCAAAUGACCACACCAUUCCAAACAAGAAAUUCAAAUCUGCUCAUCCAACCUGGCCAGGCACCGCCUCGGCCUCGGCCUUCAACUCAAAUAAUGGCCAUUAUAUUGAUGAUUCGGCUGACGAAUUAGGGUUAAGUCCACCAUCAAAUGAUGGGACGAGAACGAUCGCCCAAUCACAAAGACAUCAAGUCCAAGGCCCUCGAAACGGGGCCGUGACGGGGAGGCAACGGGUGGUUUCCCUCGAAGUCCCCAAUUAUGUGUCCCCUUCGCCAGAACAUGAAGAUGACUUCACCAAAAAUUCCGCGAGGCAAAGAAAAGCUGAGAAAGAUGACAUACUCGGCAAUUCGUCUCCAAAUUCGAGAGAGGAGCAUUCAACGCAAACAGUUUCCCCUUACUUCGCUAGGUCUGAGGCAAUAUCAUCUCUUCGACGCAAGAUUCAGAAGCAGGACGAGCAACGGAUACUGGUGGACGAGAGUGUGGAUAACUUGAAACCAAAUUACCAUACAUCAGUAAACACGCCUAAGAAGGAGUUGGAGGGACAUGAAAUACUCGACAAACUCAUUCAUGGUAAUACGAAGAGCACAAAUAUCUCAAAACCUGCAAAGCGCCGACAUAACAAGAACCGAUCUUCACAAUAUUCUUUCUGCCUCAAAGAGGUGGUGUUUUCUAGUCUCGACAAUUCCGGUGCCUAUAUCGUCCAGGUGGACUUCGAGUCAGAAAAAUUCUGUAUCAACCUAGAGGAUUGCCUACUGUCCGAAGAACCAGUUUUGACGCCUUUCUCAAUAAACAAAAUCGUUCAGCUGCGAUACGACAACGAGAGUCUCGUCAACAUCCGAUUCUCGCGGAGUGACGAUCUUCAGAAAUCGUUGUAUCUCAGAUUUUCAUCGAAAGAUUCAGCCACCGCUUUCAUAAAUCUUCUGCGAGAAAUCACAUCCGCCUUCAACUUACAAAUACGGCAUCAGCAAUGGAUGGAGACAGCACUCGCACGAGCGAAAGAUGCUCUAGCCAAUUCCUACGUGCACUUGGAGAAAGAGGGCACGAAAUCUGACAGCGUUGCCCCUAGUCAGUUGCCUUCGCCAAAGAUGAGCACAACAGGAAAGAGACAGCGCUUGGUUGACCGGCUUGAUGCACCCACUGCAAACUUUCGAACACAGACUAUUGUCUCCGGAGUAGAACGCGGUUCUGGAGCGCAGCCAGAUAUCACAGUUGAGAUAGCACGAACCCGAGAUGGAGUGAGCUUACCGCAUGCCGUUCCUCAUAAGCCCCUAGAGAGCGUUCAGCAGAGUGACCCGCAACAAAGGACAAGACGUUCCCAAAAUCAUGAACAGAAAGAGAAACUCAAGGUACUGGAAGCUGAAGAAACAACCAAAAUUCCCCUAUCUGCGACUGGUGCAUUGGGGCCCCCUUGGUCUCGCGAUCUCGUCUACCCUAAACCCGGGAAACGAUCUGCUACAGUGCCUUUCGAAGAUCUGAGUCGUCUUGAUGAUGACGAGUUUCUCAACGAUAACCUUAUAUCGUUCUUCAUGCAAUACCUUGAAACUUACAUGGAAACAACAAGACCAGAGCUCUAUAAACGAACCUAUUUCUUCAACUCAUAUUUUUUCGAACGUUUGACAAAGAAUGUGAAAGGAAGAGGGAUCAACUUUGAAGCUGUUGAGCGGUGGACCAAGUCGAUCAACAUUUUCAAUCGCGAUUUCGUGGUCGUUCCUGUCAAUGAAAACUUGCAUUGGUAUCUGGCCAUCGUUUGCAAUCUUCAAAAUCUUGUUCCACCUCAAGAUGAAGACGGAGAUCCCACCGAGGUCAGGCCCAACCCAAAGCCAGAAAUGCAGAGUUGUGAUGAAGCUACCGGGCAUCUACCACACGUCCGCUCAGAUUUGGGCAUGGAGCUCGAAUAUCAUCCCAAGGCACCUGCAGAAGAGACCCAACAUUCACUAGCUGGUCUCACCAUCAGUGACAAUGAAUUCAGCGUGACUGAGAUGGCGCCAUCAUAUCCCAAAAAAGGGUCCACUAAACGGAAACAAAUCCGUAGAUCUUUGCCUAAAAUUCCACUCGACAAGCCUGUGAUUAUUACCCUAGACUCACUUGGCGCUUCACGCUCUAGCACAUGCUCCAUCCUCAAAAGCUACAUCUUAGCUGAAGGAAAGGCCAAAAGAAAUCUUGAUAUUGAAAUGUCUGCUAUACAGGGAAUGACAGCCAAAGGCAUCCCGACACAGAGGAAUUUCAGCGACUGUGGCCUGUACCUAUGCAUGUAUCUCGAGCAAUUUGUGGCAAAUCCCAACGAAUUCGUGGCCAGGAUACUGCAGCGCGAAGAAAGUGCUCAGUCGUGGCCAAGCGAGAUUCGAAGCGAAGAUCUCAGAUCCAGGCUUCGAGACCUGAUUCUCGAGGUUCACCGACGGCAAGAGAAGCAACAGUCCGACUACGAACUGCCGGAAGUUGGUAGCAUCAUGAUUCCAAGACGAGAUCACUUGCCUGAAUCGGAGGCGGACCGCCGUCAAAUAAUGAAACAAGAUGUUGAGCAGGCGAGACAAAGAUUUGUUGGACUGAGACAAGCUCACCAACGGACGUCUGAAGUUCUUACUUGUGAAGAUCUUCCAGAUCGGCAAAGCAGGAGCAAAGAUCAAUCGGCAAAACAAGACUUCGUCCAAAAUGAUAACACCGACCUUGGUCGCAGACGGCCCCACUCACCUACUCUCAUUCAACGAUCACAGGGACAACACAUGGUGAAUGACCGCGAUGAUGAAUACGAAGUUAAUAAUGCUUAUCUGGAGAUUCCAGAUUUGACUCCCUCGAUCAAUGAAUCUACCACGGCUGGGCCUCUACACAAUACGCCUGGAGAACUCGUUGCUGCCCUGCACCAUCAAGACGAGGAGCUUGAGAGCAACAAGCGACGAGGUCUCAGCGAAAAUAGUACGCACAAACGAUCAGAUAGCGCGUCCACAGACUUCUUGAGCGGGAUAGAUAGUUGGGCCCACCACGCCUCACCCAGUGCAUCACCACGAGAUGCAAAAUCGAAAAAGCCACGUAACCAAGAAGCAGACGUGGUUGAAAUCGAGGCAAUUCCGGAGCCACAACUGCCUCCGGAUGGAGGCUUGACCCUGCCGAAGAAGCGGAUUGCCAGAAAAAGGAAACGACAUGAAUCCCAAAAAAUAUCUGACCUGGAACCUCUCGGCCAUCUGGGACCUUCUAAGCCACAGGAGUCAGAACAUGUUCAGCGUGAAGUGCAUGGCGACAUGGAAUUUCGACAAAGCCUAAAACAUCAAGGAGAGAUGCAACGAUUACUCGAGCUGGGAGCAAUGCAGGAGCAUGUUCGAAUUCCCAGCCAGCAUCAAGCGCCCAGAGAGGUUUAUAACGGCCCGAGAGAAAUCGAGAAAGACACAGGAGGUGAGGAUUCCGAUGAUUCAAUGCUUCUGCAAUGA